CGCCAUUCGUCGGCGCGCGCCGAGCCGCCGAGUAUUUUAAUCAGAAAAAAGCAGGAAGGGGCAAAGGCUGUGUACUAAGAAGUGAUUAUUAAUAGGAAUAGAUACGUUUAGAUAGUGAUAACAGCAUCUCUUGUCCAGUUUCUAUUCUUUGAGUUAACAUAUCGGACGUACAUAAUGGCUGCACCAAUCAAAGUCGUAAUCACCGGAGCGGCGGGACAGAUCGCCUACUCCCUGCUGUACCAGAUCGCUUCUGGUGCUGUGUUUGGCCCUGAGCAGCCCGUGUACCUGCACCUUCUUGAUAUCGCUCCAAUGAUGGGCGUCCUGGAAGGCGUUGUCAUGGAGCUGGCGGACUGCGCCCUGCCACUUCUUGCUGGAGUCCUCCCCACUGCCAAACCAGAGGAAGCAUUCAAGGAUGUUGCUGCGGCUUUCCUUGUCGGUGCUAUGCCCAGGAAAGAGGGCAUGGAGAGGAAAGACUUACUCUCUGCCAAUGUACGCAUCUUCAAAGAACAAGGCCAGGCCCUAGACAAAGUUGCACGCAAGGAUGUCAAAAUUCUUGUUGUUGGCAACCCUGCUAACACAAAUGCAUUGAUUUGCUCGAAAUAUGCUCCCUCAAUCCCUAAGGAGAACUUCACAGCUAUGACCCGCCUUGACCAAAACCGUGCUCAGGCACAACUGGCAGCUAAAUUGGGUGUUCCAGUUCAGGAUGUUAAGAAUGUGAUCAUUUGGGGUAACCAUUCUUCUACCCAGUUUCCUGAUGCAGCAAAUGCCGUUGUUAAGGUUGGAGGUGACUGGAAGCCUGUCCCAGCAGUGGUUAAUGAUGAUGAUUACCUGAAGACCACUUUCGUCACUACCGUUCAGAAGCGCGGCGCCGCCGUUAUUGCCGCGAGGAAACUUUCUUCUGCCUUAUCUGCAGCUAAGGCUGCUGCUGACCACAUGAGGGACUGGUUCCAGGGUACUGGUGACCGCUGGGUGAGCAUGGGUGUUGUGUCCGACGGUUCCUACGGUACCCCCCGCGAAGUUGUUUUCUCCUUCCCUUGCACAGUCUCCAAUGGAAAGUGGAAGAUUGUUGAGGGCCUGACCAUCUCCGAUUUCGCCCGCCAGAUGCUUGACAACACUGGCAAAGAGCUGGCUGAAGAGAAACAGGAUGCCAUGGAUGUAUGCAAGGAUUGACUGAGUAAUCUUUAAGAUGAAUUGUAAUAUUAAAGUAGCAUUAAAUUAGGUAUAGGCACUUGUUGGAGAUAUUUUUUGGCAAUAAAAACACAAAGAAAUGUUGUUAAUGAAAUAGUUAUUCACUAUUUAUAGAGAUUAUGUAAAGUUCCAUGGCUGGGUCAUAAGGGCAACCAGUGCAUAGAUAAUAAAAUAUUACUUGCUUUUAUAAUUUGUUAUCAUGCAACAUUCUACAUAUUUGCUUUAAUUUUAUGCUAUACAUAUUUUGUUACCACAAAAAUAUAUUUUACCUACUACUUAAUUAAAA